GAUCGUUUCUACACUUCUCUGACAUUCCCAAACUCAAUCUCAGUUGAGCUUCAUCCGAUCAAAUUCAACAUGAAAUCAUCCCUCUACGCUCUUCUUACUGCCUUCGCGGCAUGCGCCACUGCCAGUCCCAUUCCUGCCUCUGAUCGAGAGGCCCCAGCCAAGGUCAUGAACAUGGCACGCUCGGUUUUCGAGCGUUCGAACCUGGCGAAAUACGACCGCCUAGUGAAAUCCAUCCAGGCUAAACGGAACGAUCCAAUUACCGACAGCGUCAACUACAUCCUGGUGCUCCAGAAGGACUCCGAUGAAAGCCCUGAUGCCUACCAGGACGAAAUCGACGCUGCCAAUCCAGCCGACAUCCUCGGCAAACGCAACAACGCGAUUACCGACAGCGUCAACUACAUCCUCGUGCUCCAGAAGGACUCCGAUGAAAGCCCCGAUGCCUACCAGGACGAAAUCGACGCUGCUAAUCCAGCUAAUAUCCUUGGCUAA